GAUCACUUAUCAUUUGAUGUAUAUUAAUGUAAUUAAUAUAACAUCUUGAGAAACAGAAUCAAAUAGUUCCAGUAACAGAGAACAGCUCUGGGUCGUUUGGCUCCGCCCAUCGCUUUAACUGAGACCAUGUUCUCUAUCACGUCCGCAGUUCGUAUUUAUAUAGAGAGUCUCUGUCCGACAGACUCAUAUUCAUCUGAGAAUCUGUCAGAUAAAUUAAUCAGCAUCAUGAGUGGAAGAGGCAAAGGCGGAAAGGGACUCGGAAAAGGAGGCGCUAAGCGUCACCGUAAAGUUCUCCGUGAUAACAUCCAGGGAAUCACCAAACCCGCCAUCCGCCGCCUGGCUCGCCGUGGCGGAGUCAAGCGGAUCUCCGGCCUGAUCUACGAGGAGACCCGCGGGGUCCUCAAGGUUUUCCUGGAGAACGUCAUCCGCGACGCCGUCACCUACACCGAGCACGCAAAGAGGAAGACGGUCACCGCCAUGGACGUGGUGUACGCGCUCAAGAGGCAGGGCCGCACCCUGUACGGCUUCGGAGGUUAAACACGGACACGCUCCUACAAACACAACGGCUCUUUUAAGGGCCACCCACUCAAACCAGAAGACCUCUCAUUCCUCUUCGCUUUCUUCUGACUGCAAACAGGAGUCUACUACUAUAGUACACAUUACAUGGGAAUAUCCUUUAACUGCACAUAUUUCACUGUUGAUUCUGGGAUCGAUCUCCAGAGAUGGGUGAUGCCUUCAACCAUCCUCCAGACUUAUUUAUUUAUUUUUUUUUUUCCUGGCUUCAUGCGUCUGGUUCCUUCAUGUUUUAUAAAUCCAGUAGAAUGUGGGAUGUCUGUUAAAAUGGUUUAAACAGCAUUUAAAACAGAACAGUUAUCUACCUGAUUUUUUUGUUAUAUUAUGUAUCGGUAUUAUAUAAACAUGGUACAUUACAAAUGUAACAGCUGUACGUUCAUCUGCUGACUGGUUGUUGUUUAACCGUUAACAAAAUUGUUAAAUUUCUCAGUCUGUAACAUGAAAAUAGAAUUAAAAUGCAUAAUUCA